AGUAGAGAUAGUAUGUGGAAAUAACUAAUAAUAAUAAGAAAAUAAUAUAUUAAAUUAUACCUAGUACUUCAAAUUUAUUCUAGUUACCUAUUAGUUAUUACUUAGUACUCAAUUCCUUCUUUCUUAGUAGUUAUUUUCUUGCUUUGUAUUAAUUACUUAUUUACUCCUAGAUCGUGAGAUGUUUACCUAGACGUCAGAUGACUGUUAUUAAUUGUUUUAGUUUAAAGAUUUAUAAACGAACACGAAAGAGUAACGUUGAUUAACAUAAUGUCCAAUAAUCCUAUAAUUUAUGGAGUUGAAUUCCAGGCCAGAUCGUUGUGUUCUUUGCACGCUAAUGUUGAUCAAGACUGUUUUUUAAUCGGAACUCAAUCAUUGAUCACGUCAAAUAAUCAAGUGCACCUUGUUACAUUACAAGAAGAAACCAAUACACUUAGUCCUCAAAUAUAUGAGCAUAGCAGUGGUGAAAUAUGGUCAUUAGCAUCUUCUCCAACAGAUAAACGUUUAAUAUCUACUUGUUAUGCUAGUAUAGAACAAGACUGUGAGAAACGUACAGCUUUAUGGCGACUGCCAGAAGAUGACGGUCAAUUAGAAAAUGUCAUUACUUUUCCUUCAGAAAAGUAUGGUACUGAUGUUAAGGUGACCACGUUUCAUCCCACAAAUGAUGCAUACAUGUGUUCUGUUAUUGAUAAUAAUUUAGUGAUGUGGGAUGUGAGUGAAAGUGGAGUAAAAAUUGUAUGUACUGCAGUAUUGGAUGGUAAAGGGCAACCAAGGUUUACUACUGGAAAAUGGAAUCCACAAAGUGUCAAUUUACAGUUUGUAACUGCUGAUGAUUGUAAUAUAAAAGCUUGGGAUUUAAGAUCCCAGACUAAAAUUGCAUGGAGUUUAGAUGGAGUUCAUACUCAAAUCAUUAGAGAUUUUGAUUUUAAUCCAAAUCGUCAAUACUAUAUGGCGACAUGUGGAGAUGAUGGGUAUUCUAAGUUCUGGGAUAUACGCAAUUCUAGCAAACCUGUAAUAUCCCGUGCUGAUCAUUCGCAUUGGAUUUGGUCUAUUAGGUAUAACCCAGUACAUGAUGAAUUAAUUGGAACAGCCUCAAGUGAUGGUCAAGUCUUAAUAACGCGUUUAGCUGGGAUUUCAUCAGCUGCCAUUGAAAAUGAAGAUUUAAAAACUAAAACUUCCAUUGAAGAUAAAAUAGUAGCUACGUGUGAUCAACAUGAAGAUUCUGUGUACUGUGUUGAGUGGUCCUCUGGAGAUGCAUGGAUAUUAGCUUCUUUAAGCUAUGAUGGUCGUUUAUUGCUUAAUAAAGUACCAAAAGACGAACAGCUUCGAAUUUUAUUGUAAAGGGAACAUUUUCCAAUACUAUUUUUUCAAACAUCAAUUAUAUUAAGGUUUAAUCUGUUAUAUUAAUACAUUCUAUUACUUUUAAGGAAAACAAUACACAUCUACGAUCUACUGAAUUAAAUUAUGUCUUAUAGAUUUUGACUAUAUAUUUUAGUUAAAUCUUUAUGAAAAUAACUAAAUUUAAGUACACACACCCAUUCUAAUUUUAUUAUAGGUACCUAAUACCUAUAUAAAAUACAUUUUAUAAUAUAACUAUAUAUUUAUUUGUUUCAAAAUGCUGUUGUUUUUAUAUUUUUGUUUUUAUUAAAGUUUGUUUAAGAUGUUUCUGUGGUAGGUAUAUUCAAUGUUUUUUACUUGUAUAAGUCUUAUAGCUGGGAUCAUUCUGUUAAUUUGUGCAAUACCGAGAAUGUUACCAGUUGAGACAGUGAUUGUUUAUAGUGACCGGUUGUAAUAGCAACCGAUUGCUAUAACAAGACACAUACAUGUACAGAUGUAUCUGUAUGUAGUGUAGAUACUUUUUUGUUAUUUUUAUUAUAAUUUUUAUCCAGUGUUUAGAAAGUUCACUCGAAAAUAAAAUAUUUCAUUCACUUUUAUUUUUUUUAAGAAAUAGGUUAUUUUAUUUACAUUUUAAAAUAAAAUGAAUACCUAUUGGACUGUU